AUGAGCCAUGAUUGCGUUCAAAUCCCUGGUAAGCCUCCUGUGAACCCGAGCACUCUAUCCACAUCAAUCAUCAGGAAAAAUUUUGCUUCCCUUUUCAAAAAACCCACUGGUCUGCUACCUCAUUCUUGUUCAAUUCCUUUAUUGGUCACGAAAAAUCCUCACCCAUUUACUUCAAAUCCUUCGGUGCCAAUGGUAUUUCCUUCCCCUUCGCAUCCUUUACCUUCGGCACCCAAGUCAUAUCCAUCUCCUUCGACACCCAUGCAAGGCCACGGGAAACUAGAAUGUCCUAAAGGCAAAAGGGAAGAGGAAGAACCAGUGGGAUCGCAAGAAAAUGUCCCGAAAGUGGAAGAGAAGUUGAUAGCUGGAAAUCCUAAGAAGGCUCCAGUGAGGGGAAACAGCUUUGCUGCUAUAAAAGAGGGGAAUAUGUUGGUGGAACUGCUCAAUGAUGAUGGAAAAAGACCCUUAACCCAAGUGAACUUGGGUGAAAGUACCCAGAGGCAUUUGGAGGAGGAGGGUCUGUGGGCCUGUGAAGAGGCUCAGGGCUCUGCACUUAAACCAAAUAUUGCAGAAAUUAAUAAAGAAAGGCUUUAUGUUGAGGUCUGUUCAGUGGCAAAGCAACCUCAGAUUUCAUCUAAUUUUGUUGUGAACAGUUUGGAUACCCUCUCCUCUUCUUCACUUGUCCUUUUUGUUAAUAAUGAUUUUAAUGCUUUUGGUGUGGAGGAAACUGUGUUGGAAAAGGAUGAUCUUGCCUUAACUACUUCAUGGACUGAGUUCUCUUCUCAGUCUUGUCUACCUUUGUCAGGCAUAAUUGCCCUUCAACAGGAUCAAAUUGGGUUGUGUUUUCCUAGGAAAAAACAGUUUUCCUCUGUUCUUCCUUCGGCUGUGUCAACUUCAACAAAUAAUCAAUGUUCGUCUUCUGGAUUAGAAAUGCAGAUUCCUGUUGAUGCUUCAAAUGUUCGAAACACUCAGGGAAUUAAUCUACAUUCCCAAUCUUCGUUGAUUUCCCCGUCUAUUUUGCUUUCUCAAAAUCCUUCGGUGGAUCGAAUUCUGCCAAAAUCUCAGAUCUCGAUUUCUGAAAAAGAAACUCAGAUUUCACACAUUUACAGAGAAGCUAAUGGAUUGGCUGAUUUUUUAGCUUCUUUUGCUGUUCAUUCAAAAAAAUGUACUGAAUUCUCUGGCAGUAAUGUAUUGCCAGUGGCUGGAAGGCUAAUUCAGCAGCAAGACCAGACUGGUUUACCUAAUGUCAAAUUGAAAAGACUACUUUGCAGUCAAAGGCAGGGAAUUGGUUGA